UUUGAGACUUGUGCUAAUGUACUUUCAAAGUUUCUACCGCACGUUAAUUUUAGCAAUAUGAAUUCAAGUUUAGGAAUAUAUUUCAUAGUGAUAUUUGUUACAUACUUUUUUACAGCAGAAAGUUCAACGGAUUUUUCACGAGAUACAUAUCUGAAUGCUCUUCAGAACUCUCAUCAAUCUAGUUCGGGUGGCAAUAUUGGAUACAAUUACAUACCUCCCACAAAUAAUAAUUUGCAGCCCUCAAAUGAAAUAUAUGGACCUCCUACGUUUCAUCAACCUGUCAUUUAUCAACCUCGAGACCACUGGUUUUUAGAGAAACUGAAGAAAAAAAUAAAUUUGUUUACAAUUGGAAAAAUAAUUUUGAAACUGCUGAUUUUUAAAAAGAUUAUCAAAUUUAUUGGAGUUAUUUGUUUGCUCUUAUUUCUUCCGAAAUUAAAACAUUUUCUAAAAGACGAUAUUUCUGUGGAUGAAACCAGUGAAGAAAGCAGAAGUAUUCGAACAGAGAAGGAUGCUCUCGAGAAAAAUAUUGAAAAUCUGCAAAAUAUAAUUUUAAGAUCAAUUAAUUAGAACUAAAUUUAACAAGCCUUUUUUAAAUAUAUUUAUAUUGGUUUAUUUUUUCAGCUA